GAGGCAUAGAGCAGGCACCUUGGGGAGCUCGAGGAGCUGCGGUGCUCUUUCCCUGAGCUAGGUUUCUACUGUAGGCGGUGCAUUCCUUGGGAGGGAGGGUGUGUGUGUGUCGGUGCCUUCCCACACUCGGGGCAGCUCUUAUUUAAUGGGGGUCUCCAUGCAGGGCAGACAUCAGAAGAGACUCUGCCGUUCCCAGUUCCUAUCCAGGAGCAGCAGCAGCUUAAAUGCCAGGUGCCAGCAUGGCCCAUGUGGCCAAGAUAACUGUGGAGGAAGCAACUCCUGUGAUGAACCAAGCCUCCAGGAUGCACCUAAGGGAGGACCUGAGGAGGAUACGGUGUGCAGUGCUGCUGUGCCUACUCUCUGUGCUGGUCCUGGCACUUCCCACUAUCUACCUGCUGGUUGGAAACCUCAGAGCUCCCAGCUCCUGCACUGGCCAGGUCACAGAAGAGAGGAGCUCUCGCUUUCUGAAGCAACGGGCAGUAGAUGCUGUUACAGAUACACUUUCCAGUGCAGAAAAGCCAAGAGCUCACCUGACAGUGAAGAAACAAGAUCUCACAAGCACCAUGGGAAACUAUCUGCCUAUCCUGCAGUGGGAAGACAAGCGAGGCUUGGCUUUUACCAAGAACAACCUGAGUUAUUCCAGCAACGCACUGGUGAUUCCUGUGUCUGGGGACUAUUAUGUCUAUGCUCAGGUCACUUUCCGAGGGCCCAUUGAAAGUUACAGUAAAACAAAUUCUGUCACUGAGAUCAUCACCAAAGUCACUGACAGCUACCCUGAGCCCACCCAGCUGCUGACUGGCAUCAAGACUCUCAGUGAAAAGGGAAACAGCUGGUUCCAGCCCAUUUAUCUGGGUGCUGUGGUCUCCUUAGAAGUAGGAGACAAGCUAAUGGUCAACGUUAGCGACAUCAAGCUUGUGGAUUACACUAAGGAGCACAAAACCUUCUUUGGUGCCUUUUUAUUGUAGAUCCUUAGCAGCAGCUGGUGACCUCACUGGACUUUGGCUUUGUGGGUGCGUGUUGGGGUGAGAUCUCUGUGCUGUUCUUCUUUUAUACUGGUAUUCCCCUGCAGCACCCUGAAGCCUUAAAUUAAGAGCUAGGGAAAGCUGAAGCUGCAGGCUAAAUUGAAACAAAGUGACCACAGAACACUGAAAGUCAGAUUGGAGGAAAAAAAUGUGCUUCUGAAAGUAAAAACUGAGAGCCCUUCAAACUUUUGUAAGCUAGGGAGGAACAGUUUAUACUUGUGGAUAGGAAUAUUAGCCUUGAAUAUUGCAGCUAGGCUAUGUCAGUAGUUCCACCUCAAAUGUAUAAUCUCCUCAACUCAAAAGAAGUUUCUAACUUUCCCCAGCACUUACAGUGUAGUUUUGCAUGAGCCUUCUUCAGAUUCUUGGUUCUAAAAGGUAAUUAUUUGUCAUCAUUUCCUUACAACUAGAUUUGCUCCAUAAUUUGCACUAACAUAAAGCCCAGAUUGAUCAUUAACUGCCUAAUUAAUCCAACUUCCCUGUAAAGUAGAUUAAAAUUAUCUGGUGUUUUGCAGAAGCUACUUGAUUAUUUUUAUUUUAACCAAGCAAUUGUUUACAGUCCUUUAAUUCAAUACACAGCCUCAAAACUUUAUGUAACAUUUCUUAAGGAACAUACACAAACACUUUGUGUUUCAGCAUGAAAGUAGAAUCUUCCCAUUAGGUAAUCAGAACAUAUAGAGCAGAGAGACACAUAGAAAAAUAUUCCACACUUUUUAAACCAGCCACUGAAAUUGAGAGAAAACCUCUGCAAUAUUUUGCUUUGCAUUAUGUUUAAUGCAAAGCAAGUGCAACUAAAGAAAUCACUGCCUUGGCACACCCCUUUACAACCAUUGCCAAUGCUGCAGUGGUUCCCUAACCACAAGGGACUCCCUAGCCUUUCCCUGAGCGAAGACUGGCAAUCAGUAGUCCCUACACAAGGUCAAAAGAUCCAAAGACAGGAUCAUGGUGUGCUAUGGCCAGGUACAGAGCUCAGGAAUGUUUUGUUUCCCACAUUUUAUUAACUAGACUCACUUCCAUCUUUAAGUCCUUCCUCACAUGUCUCCUCCAUCUGUUCAGCCUUUUAAGUUGCAGCUGCCUGAAACUGGAGCAGCUAUUCCCCAUGUAUCCAUUCAGUACCUAACACAUUUGACCUGGUCUCAUUACUUCUCACAAAGGGUGUGUGGUCAUCCCUGGCAGGGCUGUUCUUACUUCUCAGAAACACCACCACAGUAAAAUCUGGUGAAAAUCUUGCUGUCUUCACAGUUCAAGACAAGGUUAUUCUCUGGGAAACUCAAAGACUUUCCAUAUCUGAAACUUCCUAAAGUGCUCUCUCAACACCCCAAGUCAAAUGCUUCUGAUGCCUUAGUUAUGUGCCCAAAAUAGGAGUUGAACUCAUAAACACGUGGAGUUUGCAGAUCUUACAGAACACCACGUGAAGCAUUUUAGGUGACUGUCACAUAAAAUGGGGUAGUCUUAAACGUGACCUUGUCCAGGACAGGUGAUUUUAGGUAGGAAAGCUUCUGUGAAGUGUUUUGUAGGAUUAAUUUGGUUUAUCCUUGGAGAAAAUCCGAUUGCAAAUUCCAGCAGUUCCAAGACAGGUGCAGAAAUUGAGAAAGCUCUUAAUUUCCACAAUCAAGAUGAGGUAGCAGUGUUCAGAGGCCAUAACACAAUCCUGACAGGCUUGUACAGCAGAUUUCCUUACAAACCCUAUCUCAUAUCUUCAUUGCUUAGUGCCUAGUGUGGUGAAUGAUGGCAAAUAUGAGGUCUGGAAGAGAGGAGUGUAUUUGGCAUACAGUAAGAGAACCCUCUAUGAGAUAAACACACACAGAUAUACGGACAUAUAUGUAUUUGUGUGUGUUCCACACAAGUCCUAGGAAACCAAUAAUGACCCUUUUUUACUAUAAGGCACAUAAUUAUUGUCCACUGUACACUAACAAUAAAUUUCACAAGCAACCAAAUUGCCUGCAGCAGCUCCAUCCCAAGUGUGACUCUUGAUCCACUAUCCUGGCACAAAGAUAUUUAUUUUAGUCCAAUUAGAGCAAGCUUUUGCAUCUAAUUACAUACACUAGCUUUUAGCACAUUUAGCAUACUAGUAGAUUUUAUAUGACAAAGUAAUAUAUAUAAGCAUUACUUGUUUUAAAGUGAUGCAGUUGUAUUGAUCCACAGAUCUACCCUAGUGGAAAUUCUCUCUCCUCCCUUUUUUUCCCUUCUCAGUGCUAAUAAUGUUUCUGUAACAGUGACCAACAAAUUUAACAAGUAUUCAAGGGCUGAUUCUGACCCUGUUGUAUAUCAGAUAUUCCUCCACAGAGUCAAUUGCAUGAAGUGGGAGUAAAACCACUUCAAGUGAGACAGAAGUCAAGCUUAAAGGCAAAUAUCUCAAACAGGCUGAACCCAAGCUGUGGAUUCUCAGUUUUCCAAAGCUAAAUAAGGAAGAAGUGUUCUGAGCAAUUUGUGUUGAUUGAAUUAGGUUGGGUUUUUUAUUUGUCCUUUUUUUUUUAACAUGUAAAUCAUUUCUGGAAAUCUGAAAAUGCAUCUGCAUCAGCACUUUCAAUCAAAUGAGAGGAUGAUGAAAUCUGGUCAUGUGAACAAGUGACCUUUAAGUCUGUGGUCAAACUGAAAACAUGUUUUGUUUUGGGUGGAUGUGAAACUAAAACAGUUCGAAGAAAAAAAAAUCCCAUCUGGAGAAAAGAGGGUGAAAUGGGCAUCUCAUGAGUUAAAAAUAUAAGAUUUCAGAUUUUGAUACUGAAAAAAAUCCCAAAACCAAACGAAGCACUUUUCAGAACAACCCCAGUGAAAGAAAAAGUAACAGCUUUCUUUUUAUUUUAACAUGUAGUCUGAUCAAAAUAUUCUCUUUUAUAUGAAUUCAUUUCUUCCCUAAUCUGUUGAAUACUCGAAACCUAACACUAAAUAUAUCCCAAACUGGUAAAAAGUUUCACUUACCUACUGCUUCCUUUCCCCUUAAAAACUAAGUAUUGGUAAAAUAAGCAUUAACUUUCUCUCCAUAUACAUACAGAGGUAAAUCUAAACCAAGCUAUAAGGAUCAAAGCUCCAAUCUUACCAACAUAUACUUGUGCUGUACUUAGGUCUUGAGCAUGUGGCUAAAAGGGUUUCAUUGUUAAAGUAAGCUCAGUUUUCCUAUUUGGGGUAUGGGAGGAGUAAAAAUCUACAUUACUCAAAUUCAAAGUGGACAAAGUGUUUUACCUGUGUUUACCCUCAACUACAUCGUUAUAGGAACAACCCUUCAAAUCAAGUUGUGCUUACGUGGACCAACUCCAGCACAUAUAUGUUGGCAAGAUUAGGAGUAAAGUUGAAGGUCAUGUUACUUAGAAAAACAUAACCCAAAUGACCAAAAUUAUGCUGCCAAGAUGGCUUUGGACAAAAUGGUUCAGUGGCUAUGAGAAGACUCUCCCUGUACUAAGGAAGACUACCAGGCUCUACUGAACUGCAGCACACACCACGUGGAACGAAGAGAUUCUCUUGUGAUUUUCAACACACAUUUCAGAAACUCCUUUUUCACCUCUGUAUGGUAUAACUGACCACACUGUGCCUUGGUUUUUUAAUGUCCUGAGUCACUCAUCAUUUCAGAUGAGAAAUGAGAAGAAAAUUCAUUCUUUAGAAGAAUUAGAAAAUGUUCAAGAACUUUUGCCCAGAUCUGGGUGUUAGACUCCAGUAUAGCAUUUUGCUACUGUAAGGAAUUGUAUGUGAUAGUAUAUUGUCUUGUGCUUCAGUGCUGAUAAAUGUCUUUACCAA